AUGAUAUAUCUUAAAGUUAAGUCAGUGAUUGGUUCACCGUAUUUAAAUGUUGAUGCUGUUGGCUUACCAACAAGUGUUCAGUUUCCAAGUGAAACAGUCAGCGGACUAUUUUUAACUCCAACAUCAUUUGAGGAAUAUAAAGAGUCAACUACAGUUGGAGAUGGAGAUGACUUGAUCGAUUGUCCAUGGAAUUUGACAGCAUGUGUUUCAGGACAGUUUACAAUUCGAUUUACUGUUCAACAUGAAGAUAACGAUGAAAUACACAAAACUAAAACGCAUAUUGUCAGUCUGCUAAGCUCAUAUUUCACUAAUAAGGACGCGACACCAUGGGCACUUCAAGUUUUUAUCUUACCCGGAUCAAUAUUAUCAGUUAACUGGGGUCCUUUAUCUAAUGAGGGAACAAAAUAUAUUCAAGUACAUGAUAAUUCUAUAGCCUUGAUAACUGACCAAUGGAAUGUGAUUGAGAUUACAGUCAAUUUAAAAAAUCAUGAAAUAUAUACAAAUUUGAUUAAUAAUAACAGACAUGGUAUUCAGCAUAAGUCAGAAGCGAAUAUACCGUCGGUUAUCACCACCACCACUGCUGAUACAUUUAAAAGCAGAGCUUUACAAAAAUUUAUUGGAUUUAUGUUUGGACAAGCAUCACAGCUACAACUGACAAUUGAACCAGGUGUUACUUAUUCACUGAAAGAUUUUCAUCUUGAAUCACCAGACACUGUGAAACGUCGGACACCUCGACGAUUGAAUAAUCUAUUCGAUGAUAUACCUACUAAUCCAAUUAAGUAUAUUUCAUCAGUUAACUUUCCAGAAGGCAGUUUUGUUCGUUAUGAUUUUCGUAAUCGUUUACAAAGAACAGUUGAAGAAGAAGUGUUGACAGUUAAUUUCACUAUACCAUACGGUGUAACUUCAGGUCUACUUUGGUUCAGUGAAGGUGAACAAUCAAAAAGUUAUGUGUACAUUAAAAAUUCAUUGUUAUACUAUAUUUAUGCAAUUACUGACAAAACUGGGAAAGCUCAACGUACAGUCACAGAGGAGAUAUUUUUAAAUUCAACUCUGAUUCCAGAAAAGCCUCAAGUCCUUCAGCUGAUAAGAGAUCGAGAUAAUUUGACGAUUACACUUGAUCAUCGUAGUCAUGCAAGCAAAUCUAUUGCUGGUCGUGCACCACUUGUGUCUACAGAUGGAAAAGUUUAUUUGGGUGGAUCAAGAAAUCCAGUUCAAGAUACAGAGGGAAAAGUGGACAGGACAUUUGAAGGACAAAUUACAAAGGCUGAGAUCACGAGAAAAGGAGAUAAAGAUGUGAAUUUACUAAAUGCUUUAAUGGAUCCAAAUUGGAAAGAUUCAAUUCAACGAACUGGUAUCACAGAUGUACGAUUUCGUCUACCAACCUCACAACUUGUCAUUGGACCAACAUCAUCGAAUAAAAGAACUGGUCAUGGUGGUGGCUAUUCAUCCCUUGAAUCAGAAUUUUCACGUACUCCAGUACCAAUCACUUUUAUGGGCACAGAAGAUUCAAUUAUACGAUUUGACACAUGGAAUUUUGAAUUAUAUCGAUCAUUUAAAAUUGAAUUUUCAACUUAUGAACCAAAUGGUAUUCUAUUUUUUGUGUAAGUUAAGUAGAAAGACUUUUUGUUAUUAAAUGAUCGUAAAUUCCUCAGAAAAUGUGUUUUGUGAUAGGCUGGUUAAUGUCUAAAUUAAAUUCAAAAGUCUAAAUGCCAGUGAUGGAUUGUUAAUGUUCAGGUUAAUGGAUUCUAAUGAAUUCUAACCUAAACAUGAGUUGAUAAGUCUUUUGCGCAGUUGUAUAAAGCUCAGCUCUCAGAUAGCAGAUUUUACCAUUUGGAUGGUUGUUCAAAAUGUUAAGAUUAAAAAAAUAAUGGUACUGUAUUGAUCGGUCUGAGACACCAACAGCAGUAGUAUCAAAGGAAAUCAGGGAUAUUAUACCGAUGUCAGUGAUUGUUGGUUACCGAUCGACUGACUGAUUAUAAGGGCAUAAUCUCAGUAGUUUAAUUAUAUUUAGACACAGACUGAAUUCAGUCACCACCAAUGCCUACUAAUUCAUAUUUAAUGUGGAUGACAUUCUUAGCAGUGAUGUUCACUUUUUUAGGAGUAACAUGAUGCUCACUAAUGACUGCCUGCAGGAUGAAGUUGCUUAGAGUUCUACUGAGAAGCAUUGGCCAGUAGGGUGAACCAUGUCAAGGUGUGAGGACAAAUACUUACCAAUGACAUUCUUUGGUGGUCACCUAAAAAGGUGACAAAAGUUAGAAAUGAAUGGGCCACUAGAUUCCA